AUGGAUUCAAGUAACAAAUCCACUUCUAAGAACCAAAAUAGAACACAGAGCACUUCGUACAAUCCAUGGAAUUUAUUAUUCACUCCAAGAAAUCGCUCCGAAAGUGAGAGUAGUACCAGUUCUAAUUCACAGAGUUGCCAAUCAGGUUCCCAGUUUAGCGGAUUGCAGAGGCAAUCAAGUAAAAGUAACGAAGAUUAUUUGUACAUGCUAUGGCGGUCAUAA